AUGAGCGUAAUAGAGCCAAUUGCCGUCAUUGGUAUGUCCUUCAAGUUCCCAGGAGGAGCUGAAACCACAGAUGAGUUCUGGAAGAUACUCGUGGAAAGGAGAUGUACUGCGACCGAGUACCCCAGAGACCGGUUCAACAUUGAUGCAUUCUGGCAUCCCGACGGCAGGAAACAGAACACAAUAAAAUCACGAGAAGGACACUUCCUCAGCGGCGACAUCAAGAACUUCGAUGCUGGGUUCUUCUCAAUGGCGCCACACGAAGUCGGGUCGAUGGACCCGCAACAUCGUGGCAUCAUGGAAAACACAUAUCAUGCAUUCGAAAACGCUGGCUUGCGCAUGGAGGAUGUUGCUGGAUCCAAGACAUCCGUUCAUGUCGGUUGCUUCACCAGUGAUUUCGCCACAAUGCAGACUAGGGACACACAGAGCAUGCCCAAGUACAACGCUCUGGGUACCGCUGGCUCCAUGCUAUCAAACAGAAUUAGCUGGUUUUAUGACCUUCAUGGUGAGAGCAUGUAUGUCGAUACUGCCUGCUCAAGUAGCCUAGUGGCUUUGGCCCUCGGUUGCCAAGGGCUGGCGUCUGGAGAAUCCGACAUGGCUGUGGUCGGUGGCUCGAACAUCAUCAUCAUUCCUGAGUUCAGUAUCUCCUUAAGUAAGAUGAGUUUCCUCUCCUCAACGGGGCGAAGUCACAGCUUCGAUGCGAAGGGAGACGGCUAUGGACGUGGCGAAGGGUUCGCCACCUUGAUCCUCAAGCCACUGUCCAAGGCCAUUGUGGACGGAAAUCCCAUUAGAGGUUUGAUUCGUUCUGUAGGAAUGAAUCAGGACGGUCAUACUAGCGGUGGCAUUACACAGCCGAGCAAAGACAUGCAGGUUCAGCUCAUCCAUGGUACCUACAGAAAAGCCGGUUUAGAUAUGAGAAACACGCGUUUCUUCGAGGCCCACGGGACAGGUACUGCGGUGGGCGACCCCAUUGAAGCUAGAGCCAUCGGAGAAGCUUUCUUUAAUUACCGGUCAAAGGACGACCCUAUCUAUGUAGGAGCCGUGAAAUCCAAUAUAGGUCAUCUUGAAGGCACCAGUGGACUCGCUGGGGUUAUCAAGGCUCUCCUAGCCUUAGAACGGGCCGUGAUUCCCCCUAACACCAAUUUCGAAAAGCUCAACCCACAGAUUGAUGCCGAAUUCUUCAACCUUCGGUUUCCGACUGAAUGUGUACCUUGGCCUAAAGCUGAUGAAAUUCGACGUGCCUCUGUUAACUCGUUCGGGUUUGGCGGAUCCAACGCCCACGUUGUCCUAGAGGCAGCUGAUGGCUACCUAAAGAGUCUCGGACACAAGAUGCCACAUUUCUUGUCCUUUUCUACCUUGCAGAAAAAGAUACAUGUCCACGACUCUACCAUUAUUAAUGGCGUCCAUGCCACAAAUGGUGCUCAACCCACAAAUGACGUUCAUAAGGUAAAUAAUCACAGAGAAACACCUAAUGGUUUUGUUGAGGGCUUGAUCACUGGCUCAUCGAAGAAAGCCUUGCACCCUCGGCUGUUAAUUCUGUCGGCAUCUGACGAAGACGGCAUUGCUAGGCAAGCUAGGAGCCUCUCACAAUCAUUGCCUACAGCUUGUCCACUUGGCGAGGACGGAGACAAGGAAGUACUCGAUGACAUCGUCUUCACCCUGAACAACCGUCGCACAAUGCUGGAGUGGAAGUCGUACAGUAUUUUGGAGUCACUUUCCGCUUUUUCAAAUUUACAAGAAUCACUGUCUUCGCCAGUUCGAAAGGUUGGCACGGCAACACCAAAUCUCGGUCUGGUUUUUACCGGACAAGGGGCACAGUGGGCCAGAAUGGGCCAUGAACUGCUCGACUGGCCCGUAUUUAAGGCUAGUAUGAUGCAUUCUCAGAAAUAUUUGGAUAUUAUGGGGUGUAAAUGGUGUCUCAUCGAAGAGCUGGCAAUUGACUCUCAAGAUAGUCAUGUGAAUAUUCCAGAGUUCAGUCAAGUGAUGACAACUGCCAUUCAGAUCGGUCUUGUGGACCUGAUCAAUGUCUUUGCCAUCAAACCUUCCGUGGUUGUUGGCCAUUCGUCUGGAGAGAUCGCAGCAGCAUACUCUGCAGGAUUUCUUUGCCAUGAAUCUGCCAUCAGAGUAUCAUACUUUAGAGGUGUUCUCGCAAAGGAGCUUGCUCAAAAUUCGAAGUCAAGAUGGGGCAUGGCCAGUGUAGGCCUCUCAGCAAAUGAAGUGCUUCUCGAAGUCAAAGAGAUGCAGGAUCAAGAUCCGGGCACCUUCGAUGGCGCUCAGAUUACCAUCAGCUGCAUGAAUAGCCCGGCGAACACGACCAUCUCUGGCCCCGUUGCUUCCCUGGACCUUGUCAUUGCCCACCUUAAUUUCAAGAAUAUUUUUGCCAGAAAACUCAAAGUCGAUGUGGGAUAUCACUCUCCGCAGAUGAAUUCGCUGUCGUCCGAAUAUAUCAAGCACGUUGCUAAUCUGCGGCCAGGCGCAGAGGGCAACAAUGUUAAAAUGGUCUCCUCCGUUAUGCCAGGUCUUGUGGGUGCAAAAACAGUCUGCUGUGGGGAAUACUGGAUUUGCAACAUGGUGUCUCCGGUUCGCUUUGUUGAAGCGAUGGACAUCUGUUGCGCGAACCUUAACACAGGGGAUGUAACGAAACUACUUGAUAGAAGCCAUUCGCAACAAAUUUUUACAGACGGUUGGCUUGAAAUUGGGCCGCAUGCAGCCCUGAAGGGACCUCUUCGUGAAAUCUUUUCCUCGAAAAACCGGAAAGACCUCCUUUAUGCCUCCUUGCUGGUUCGUAACAAGUCCGCGAACCACACAGUUCUCGAAACUGUUGGGCAGCUAUUCUGUCGAGGUUUUGAGGUUGACUUAGACCGGACAGCUCGAAUCGAUGAGCCCGAACCUCUCGAGACUCGCACCAUCGUAGAUCUGCCGCAGUAUUCCUUUAACCACUCUGUCAUCCACUGGGAGGAGUCAGCCCGGACAAACGCGUCCCGGUUAAGGGUACACGAACAGCAUCCACUCCUCGGCGCUCAAGUAGUUGACUGGAACCCAUUGGAUGCAAGCUGGCGUUUUAUCAUCAGGAAAGACGACAUUCCAUGGGUUUCUGAUCACAGGCUCCAUGGAAGCAUGUGGUACCCUGCAGCGGGCAUGAUAGUUAUGGCAGUGGAGGCUGUCAAACAAUUGCUGUCAGAUGCCCAAUUCGAUUUUGAGCUCAGGGACGUCACUUUUACCGCUCCUAUUGUUGUGAGUGAGACUUCCGAGGGUACGGAAACCCAAAUCAGCGUUGUUCCGGCAAGUAACAUGAGAGGAAACCGAGACCCGGACUACAAGUUCAGGAUAUAUGUCAGGAGACCGGACGAUACCUGGAAUGAAGUCUGCGAUGGGACCAUUAUUCCGCAAAAGGCUCAAGAGGCCGCUCUGGACGUCAACAAGCAAAAUGAAGAAGAAUAUAAGAGACAGCAGGCACAAAUAGCGUACGACAAGGCUUUGAUUUCGUGCCAGGGGUCUAUUGAGGCCAGCGAGAUGUAUCGUAAAGCCCAUGAAAUCUCUGGAUUGCAGUAUGGUCCUAGCUUCCAGCGCCUUACCGACAUACAUUAUGACCGAAGAGGGCAGGCGCACGCACAGUUGAAAGCACUUGAUGAAGGGACUGCGAUAUCAUCCAGGCCCUUCACCAUUCAUCCGGCGACUCUAGACAAUAUAUUCCAAUUAGCAAUUCCAGCCCUCAGUGAAGGCCUUACCCCAUCGUUACCAACACUGGUUCCGUCACGGUUGACUAGACUAUGGAUAUGCCGUGAAGGAGCAGGCUCCGCAUCGACUGACUCGGGGUCCGGUCCCGAAGUCGCCCACGUUCAAGCAAAAUUUUCUAGCAAACGCAGUGCUGUGGCUUCAACAACUGUCUUUUCGAAGAAUGACAUGCAAAUUAAGGUGCAGGUCGAAGAAUUGGAGUUGACUGAAGUCGCUCGAGAUCAGGACAGCGCAGCUUCUGAACAAGCCGUGAGGUCCAUAUGCCAUGAGUUACAUUGGGCAGUCGACCCAAUGCUUCUUGAUAAGGGGGAGAUGUUUAAGUACUGCUCACAACAUCGUAGCAAUACCCCCGAGCCACAAGAGUGGUACGUAGAUGUUAGACUCAUGCUUCUAGGUUUUGCCAAUCAAACUAUGGAGGCUAUGCGGUCGGCGAAGCAGAAACCAAUCCAAUCCAUGGAAAAAUAUGCCAUGUGGCUACAGGCAAGACUCGACAAAUUUUGGUCCUCAAGCCGAACAAUGUCCGACCAGACCCAAGGCCAUGGCUCGCUACCCUCAGGUGCAGACCUGCAAAAGCUAGCCGAACACUUCGAGUCCAUUGAUCGCAGAGGUGCCAUCGGCGUUCUUGUAGCCCGGCAACUCCAAGAGAUUCUCAUAGGAGAGGUCAACCCUUUGCAAACGCUCUUUGCCGACGCAGAAUACCUGUCAGAUUUCUACGAGGAGCUCAACACGGUGGGAAAGGCGUUUCCAAUGUUAUAUGCGUAUUUGGAUGCGUGGGUCCACAAAGACCCAGGCCUCAAAUUUCUAGAGAUAGGAGCUGGAACAGGCGCCACCACCAAUAUGAUCCUCAACAUCAUUGCGAAUCCCGAUCACGGACCUCGAUAUUCGGAAUAUAUGUUCACGGACAUCAGCAGUUUCUUCUUUCCCGGGGCACAGGAGAGAUUUGCAAAGUAUGACCGGGUUCAAUAUCACACUAUGGACAUUGAGCAAGACCCGGAAGCACAAGGCUUCGAGAUCAAGAGAUAUGAUGUUGUUGUGGCUGCGAAUGUCUUGCACACCACUAAAGACCUCAGCACCACGCUCUCAAAUGCUCGACGGCUACUAAAGCCCCAUGGAAAACUUAUCCUGAUAGAAAUGACUACCCCAAAUAAUAUCGAGACUGGGUUCGUUUGGGGUUCUCUGCCAGGUUGGUGGCUUGGCUCCGAAGAAUAUCGACAACUAAGCGCAGUUAUUGAAGAGGACCGCUGGGACCAUCUCCUUAAGCAGGGAGGCUUCACUGGAACAGAACAGGUCUUCCGCGAUUGGGACUUGGAUGUGUGUCAUGGCUGGAGUGUCAUGGUGUCCUCAGUUAUAGCAGAUGAGAAUGUGGAUGAUGCAAAGCAACAAGCUGACAUAGGAGAGGACGUGAUUUCCAACGUGACGUUUAUAGUCGAUGAUGAGAAACCUGAAGUGCAGAUACAAACAGCCAAGAACUUACAAUACAUGCUGAAAUGCCCUGAAGACACAAAUGGACUAGGAAUUGCGACAUUUGAUCAAAUAUCUUCCAGAGUUCAUGAUCUCGGAACCAGACAUUGCGUCUUGCUUGCGGACCUAGAUAGGGCCCAUUUGCAGGAGACGAAUCCAAUCGUCUUCGGGUUAUACCAGAAGAUUCUCACAGGAUCAAAGUCGAUAAUUUGGGUGCAAACGCAUGACGAGCGGCCAGACUGCGCGCCUUAUUAUGCUAUAGUCGAGGGACUUUGUCGAGUGUGUCGCAAUGAAAAUCCCUUUAUCAAGAUAGUGAAUUUGACAUUGGAAUCCGUCACCGGCUCUUCUACUGAAAGAAUGGCAAGCCAAAUUGUCAAAGUCUUGAAAGCAACAGAUCCGAAUCCGAACCCGGAUCUCCGAGCCCAUCAGCUCGCGGCUGAGGAUCAAGAAUACAUGGAAGUUUCAGGCUACCUUUGCGUCGGUCGCUUACGCCAGGCAAAAUACCUGGAUGAACAUAUUUUUACUCGGACGGAGAAUCCAGUAGAGCUCCGAAGCUUUGGUUCAGCCCCUCCCGUCACCCUAAGCAUUCAGGUUCCAGGAUUGUUGGAUACUAUCGAAUGGGUCGAGGAUAAGGCAGCCUAUGCUCCACUUCCUGCAGACCACGUGGAGGUUGAAGUUCGGGCUAUCGGCGUCAACUUCAAAGACUGUCUGACCCUUCUGGGUCGUGUUAACACAGACACCUUGGGGAGUGAAUGUGCUGGAUAUGUGAAACGAGUUGGCAGCGACGUUAGAGGCUUUAAGCAUGGCGACCGUGUCGCCGUGGGAUAUUUAGAUACGUACAAAACUCUAGUGCGAGUGAAAGAGAGGUACCUCGUGAAAAUCCCGGACUCCAUGUCCUUUGAAGACGCGGCAGGGGUGCCAACCGCCUUCUGCACGGCAUAUUUCUGCUUGUACAAUGUUGCCCAACUGAAGAAGGGUGAGAGUAUCCUGAUUCACGCUGCGGCAGGCGGAACCGGGCAAGCCGCUGUUCAGAUAGCGCAGCAUAUUGGUGCUGAGAUCUUUGCAACAGUUGGCUCGGCGUCAAAACGAAAUUUCUUGAGCGAGCACUACGGCAUUCCGGAAGAUCAUAUAUUCUAUAGUCGCGACGCAUCCUUUGCCGACGGCGUCAAGCGAAUGACAGACGGACGAGGGGUUGAUGUUAUUUUAAACUCGCUGGCUGGGAAGUUGCUCGUUGCAUCAUGGGAGCUAGUUGCCGAAUUUGGACGAUUCGUCGAGAUCGGCAGAAAGGACAUCGACACGCGAGGAUUCUUGCCCAUGUUUCCAUUCAUCAGAAACGCCUCAUUUACUGGGGUCGAUCUUGUGGGGAUAUUAGAUGGAGCUGGGCAAAGCAACAUGUAUAUACUGCAGGAAGUGUUCGACCUGAUGGUAUCCGGCGUCCUUCGGCCAUCUUAUCCUGUCCAGCCAUACCCCAUUGACCAAGUAGAACAGGCCUUCCGCCUCCUCAUCAGUGGAAAGAGUACUGGCAAGAUUGUGCUUAUGCCACAGCAGGAUGCCAUGAUCCGUCUCAAAGAAAGUGUCGAUUCUGAUUAUCGAUUUUUCAAGGAUGCAACGUAUGUAAUUGCUGGUGGCCUGGGGGGCAUCGGACGGCAGAUCACUCGAUGGAUGGCACGGCGCGGAGCUGCUAAUAUCCUCCUCUUUUCGCGGUCCGGGCCCGACGGCAAUCCAGAAAGGUUUAGAAUGAUUGAAGAGCUUAAAGCUCAGGGCGUCACUCUACGCUAUGGGGUUUGUGAUAUCACUAACUUAGGAUCAGUACAAGGAGCAGUACAAGAGGCGGUACGGAGUAUGCCUCCGAUCAAGGGCUGCUUCCAGGCAGCAAUGGUAAUUCAAGACCGGCCUUUUGCGAACAUGACUCACGCAGAGUGGAGUGAGGCCCUUGAUCCCAAAGUUCAUGGUUCAUGGAAUCUGCAUAUGGCAUUACCGUCGGGAUUAGACUUUUUUGUGAUGCUUUCUUCAGCAGUUUGCAUCUUUGGUAAUCCUGCACAAGCCAAUUACUCAGCUGGUAACUCGUUCCAAGAUGCCCUUGCUCGAUACCGAGUCGCGCAAGGUGAGAAGACCGUCGCGAUUGACCUCGGAAUGGUACUCAGUGAAGGCUGGCUAGCAGAAAGGGCGCACAUUCAUCAGAGAGUGAUGCAGUUGGAUUUAGUGCUACCUAUAGCACAGCCGGAACUAUUUGCUAUGUUCGACUACUAUUGCAAUCCUAGCACCACCUUCUCGUCUUUAACAGCGAGCCAGAUUGUCACGGGGAUCGAACUGCCUGCGCUGAUUCUUCAGGCAGGGCGACAGAUUCCCGAGGCAAUGACAAGACCCAUGUUCCGUGCGAUGCAUCAGGUUAUGCCUAGCGGUGAAACUUCUCAGACAGCGGCCGCUAAAGUGCAAGAUUUUGCUGCCAUGUUCGAAGAAGCAGAAACGCUUGCAGUCGCGGGGGUGGCUGUUGCCGAAGCAUUGAAGUUGAAACUCUGUCAGAUUCUAGGCCUAGAAGCUGAAGAAAAGACAAUUAAUGAUCAGAUGGACUCCUUUGGAGCGGACUCACUCAUUGCUCUAGAAAUUCGAAAUUGGUUGGCAAAGGAGAUCCGGGCGGACCUAGCUAUAUAUGAAAUUCUAGGCGACGUCAAGCUGAUAGAUACCGGAUUGGCAGCCGCUAGGAAGAGCAUGUUUCGACAAGCAAAAUGGGAUAAUGUAGGCCCUUCUUAG